AAUUAGAUGGGCGAGGGAUGUAGCGCGCAUGGAUGGGACAAGAGGUGUGGAAGCCUGAGGGCAAGAGACCGCUGGGGAGACCUAGACGUAGAUGGGAGGAUAAUAUAUAAUAUAAAAUAGCCCAUACAAGCAAUAUACUCCUUUGUUAUGUAAAGCAGUGAGCUCGUACUGAUUCCUUCAUUGUUGGUGAAGAGAAUGACUGUUAAUAAAUGUCCAAAUCGCAUGAUCUCCUGUUUCUUGCUCGUCUCUGUUGUAUCCAGCACGAAUGAGUUCCUCCAGGACACGCAGCGUAGACUCCCAAGUGGAUGGAAUGUAGAUCUGGUACGAUAUUUCCUGCGGGUGCCAACGGAAGAAGAUACUCCUACGGAGGAGCCACCCGCUGAAGGAGCGCCACCGGCUGAAGGAGCGCCUCCAGCUGAAGGAGCGCCACCAGCUGAAGGAGUACCACCAGCUGAAGGGGCGCCACCAGCUGAAGUUGCGCCACCUGCAGAAGGAGCACCAUCAGCUGAAGGAGCGCCACCAGCCGAAGGAGCGCCACCAGCCGAAGGUGCGCCACCAGCUGAAGGAGCUCCAUCUGUAGAAGGAGCGCCACCCGCAGAAGGAGCGCCACCAGCUGAAGGAGCGCCACCAGCUGAAGGGGCGCCACCAGCUGAAGUUGCGCCACCUGCAGAAGGAGCACCAUCAGCUGAAGGAGCGCCACCAGCCGAAGGAGCGCCACCAACUGAAGGAGCUCCACCAGCUGAAGGAGCUCCACCAGCUGAAGGAGCGCCACCAACUGAAGGAUCUCCACCAGCUGAAGGAGCGCCAUGCGCCACCCGCUGAAGGAACGACCCCUGCGGAAGGGGCACCAGCUGCAGAAGAAACUCCGCUUGCUGAUGGCGCUGCUCCUGCUGUAGUUGAAGCUGCUGCCUAGACGUCGUCUCUCCGUGACCAAGCUGAAGACCUGUUGUAAGCAGAUUCUUAAAGAAGCUGAAGCUCCUAGCCCAGAAUGUUCUCCAUGAGACCAUUCGUGGAGCGUGAGAAAUUGUUUAUGCCAGCGUUUUACUAAAUGCGAAAGACUAUACCUGCCCUGAUUUAGUCGGUGUUUCUGGUUAAUCAGAAUGCCUGCACCCUUUCAUAUCCACAUAGUCUGAAUCCUAAUUCUAGUCAGACAGAUACAAUGAAUCUUAAGUUAAGAGAUUAUAAACUUUGCGUAUAGUAACGUAUUAAACCUAAAUGUACUGCGUAGAAACACAUUGAACCGUGUAGAAUUUAAAGGGCAGGGGAUAUUGGGCUAUUCUAAGUUAACUCCUCAAUUAAUUUAUCACAUUUAAGACACUACAUGACAUCACGUAUCAGAAUAAAAAAACAGCUGUAUUAUUUUACAUUUCCAGAGACAGUCGAGAUUGUAUUCGGUAAUCGUAAAUAUCCGUGUAGUUUAUAGGAACACAGAACAAUCCAAAUACACUCUCCAAACAGAAGACACGCGUAAUUUUAGAAACAGCCACUGAAUCAAGCUAAUCACCAAAUUAAAAUAGUGUUGAUCAAAUUGAAACCAGUAAAAGGUUAAAAUAAAUGUUUUAAAAUCCAUAACUAGUCACUAAGAUGGUACAUAUUAAGGGUCGAUAUCGAAUUAAGAAACUAUGAAAUGUAAGUGUGAAUCCGUUUCAUUUUCAUCGUCUGUAGAAGUUUAGGGGAACUAUACUCUUAUGAGCAAAUAUUAGUAUUUUUUAUACGUGAGAAUCUUUGCGUGUUAAAACUGUGAUGAACUGUUUUAUUAUGAGGCUAUGCGCGUUUCCGACUAUGGUAAUGAAUGGCGCUAUCUGUAUGUAACAAAUAGUCAUGGACUAAGCAACACGCUACUGACACUAACAAAUGCAAAUGGGUCAAUGACGUACUUCCGAUCUGUAACGUUUUUUCAAUCAGUAAGAGUGACUGAUCCUAUUGUAAUUGAUUGACUUUAUAAUAAAAAUUUGAACAAAUGC